CAUUUUAAGUCAAGAAAUCUGUCAAAAGAGAAAUAUUUAUGUCAGCCACGUUGGAAGUGCCAACUCGGUGUUUUUAUGUGAAAGAGUGGCUUAAAAAUGAAGAUCAAAGAGUUAAAAAGGACGGUGAACGUGAGCUGGUCGCCAGCGGAGCAGUAUCCAAUUAUGCUGGCGGCCGGCACCGCUGCCCAGCAAGUCGAUGCAUCGUUCAGUUCCAAUUCAAGCUUGGAACUAUAUUCUCUCAAUUUGGAGGAGCCUGGAAUGGAUUUAGAGCUCAAAGCUAGUCUGCAGACACAACAUAAAUUCCAAAAGCUGGUGUGGUCGGGAGCAGGAGUGGUGGUAGGAGGCUGUGAUGGAGGUCUACUGCAAUUCUACAAUGCAGAGAAGCUGCAGACUAGUUCCGCAGAUGCACUUGUCGGAAGUAGCUCUAAACACAGUGGCCACGUGUCAGCACUGGAUAUUAAUCCGUACCAGAAGAACUUGCUUGCCUCUGGUGCAUCGGAGAGUGAGAUCUUCAUCUGGGACCUAAAUAACACAAGCCAGCCCAUGUCCCCUGGCAACAGGAACCAGCCCUACGAUCAUGUCCAGGGGCUCGCCUGGAACCAGCAGGUACAACAUAUUUUAGGAUCAACAUUUGCAAAUCGCUGUGUCGUCUGGGACCUUAGGAAGAAUGAGCCGAUCAUGAAACUUAGUGACGCGCAGUCACGCACGCGCUGGCGCUCGCUGGCCUGGCACCCAGCCGUCGCCACCCAGCUCUGCAUCGCAUCCGAGGACGACCAGGUGCCCGUCAUACAGCUGUGGGAUCUCAGAUUGGCGGCGUCCCCGCUGGUAACAUUGGAGGGUCACGACAAGGGCGUGCUGGCGCUGUCGUGGUGCCGGCAGGACCCCGACCUUCUGCUGUCUGCCGGCAAGGACGGCCGCCUGCUAGCAUGGAACCCUAACAACACUAAGCCUGGCGGUGAGAUCGUGGUGGAGGUGUGCCAGGAGGCGGCGUGGACGUUCGACGUGUCGUGGUGCCCGCGCUGCCCCGCGCUGCUCUCCAGCGCCUCCUUCGAGCAGCAGGUGGCGGUGCACGCGCUGCUCGCCGCGCCGCAGCUGCAGACGAGCGCGCACAAGCAGAGCAGCAUGCUGGAGUCGUUCGGUGUGGCGGGGUCUCUGGGCGCGCUGCCGAGCGUGUCCCGCGCGCCCGCGCACCCGCCCCCGCAGCCCAGCCGCGCGCCCGCCUUCCUGCGCCGCCCCCUCGCCGCUAAGUUCGCGUUCGGUGGCAAGCUGGUGACUUUCGACAAGUGCCCGCAAGAUGUCGGCUCUCAGAAGAUGGUCUACAUUAGUCAGGUGGUGACCGAGCCGGAGCUGGUGGAGCAGGCGGCGGCCCUGGACGGCGUGCUGGGGCUGACGCUGAGCCAGGAGCCGGCGGCGGCGGACCAGCUGGCGGAGUACUGCCGGCAGCGCGGAGAGGCGGCCGCCGACCAGCACGACCGCUACGUCUGGUUCUUCCUGCGCGCCAGCUUCCUGCCCACCUUCCGCACUGAAGUCCUCAACCUGCUCGGCUUCAAGCAGGACGAGAUCCCGGCCAAGUUCAAGAGCACCGCGACACCUGGCGACGCGCCCACCACACUCACCACAGGCGACACCGCCGAGACUGAGGCCGAGCUCUCCACCGACACCGCCGACACCAGCGCUGACCUCUCGGACGCGCACACACUGAUCGAGAGAAAGCUCGCCAACAUCGAGCUGUCGCCUCCCGUGUCCGACGUUGUCAUACCCAAUGCUGAAGAUCCUUCGAGCAUGAUCUGCCGCGCGCUGGUGUGCGGCAACGUGGAGGAGGCGGUGGAGCUCUGCCUGGAGGCGCGCCGUGUCGCCGACGCCCUCGUCAUCGCCGCCCUCGGUAACACCACCCCGCACCCGCACCCGCACCCGCCAAUGCUGGGCGCCAAGCUGUCCCGGGAGUCGGAGCCGGCGCUGCGGUCGGCGGCGACGCUGUGCUACGUGUGCGCGGCGCGGGCGGACGCGCUGCCGGCGGGGAGUACGGGGGGUGCGGGGCGGGGAGCGGGUGACGCCGCCGCACUCGUGCGCCGCGCCGAGCUCGCGCUCCUGCUGCGCUGCGCUGCGGAGACACGCGGUCGGGAACAGAAGGAGGGCGCGACCUCGGACUCGCUGCAGGAGUACGCGUACCGUCUUGCGGAGCAGGGCUGCCUGCAGAGCGCGCUGGGGGCGCUGCGCGGCGCGCGUUGCGAUCUCGCGGACCGGCUGCAGCAGGCGCUGGGCGUGCGUCGCCAGCCGCACCACCAACAUCACCCGCACCAGCAGUCGCAGGUGGCGCGCGCCCGCACGCUCAGCGCACACAGCGCACACAGCGCGCACUCGCAGCGCGCGCACCCGCCGCCUCAGCCGCCCCAGCCGCAUUCGUACCACCCGCACCCGCAGCACAUCACGCACAACGACAUCGCCGGCGCCUUCGGCUCGGGUGUGCCGGUGGCAUCGGAUGCCGGCAGCUGGCAGGCGCAGCAGCAGCGCCCUCCCAGCGUGGGCCCGCACGUCGCGCACUCAGGUGGAAUAACGAGUCGCUCGAAAUACAAAGUUGACCCUUCCGUACAAGCCCCCACAUACAACCAGUACAGUUACAACAGCCCCGUGACGUCGCAGCCGCAAGCGUACGCCGGAUACAACAGCCCGCCGCCCGACCACCACGCCAUGCCCUACUCCAGGAUGCCCGCCAACACCAUCAACCCCAUCAACCCCGCCCCUCUCAACCAAAUGAACCCACUCAACGCAGCCCCCCUGAAUCCACUAAUGCCCGCACCGAUGAACCCACUUAAUCCGGCUCAAAUGAAUUCACUAAAUCAACCAAUGAAUCCAAUGAUGAACCCACUGAACCCGGCUGCGAUGAAUCCAAUGCAGCCGACUGCCAACGGUGGGUACAUGGAACCUACUCCCGCCGCCCCGCCCGCCCCGGCCGCCCCGCCCCGCAGCGUCGCCCCGGGCUGGAACGACCCGCCCAUGAUGUCUUCCAAACCAAAGCCAAAGCAAGAGGUGACCGCACAGGCGCCCAUCACACAUCCACUGUUCGGGGCGGAGCCUCCGCAGCACGUGCCCCUGCACCCGCAGGGCUACGCCCCCGCGCCCGCCCCUGCCCCCGGAUACUAUGCCGACCAGCAAUAUUCUCAGCAGCAGUACGCGCAGCAGACCGUUUACAAUCAGCAGGCCGAGCCCGCUCCAGCGCCGGCACCAGCUCCCGCACCUGCGCCUGCGCCUGCGCCGGUGCAGAAGCCGCCGCUGUCGGAGCAGUACGCCGUGCUGCAGACUGUGUUCGACUCGCUGCGGGCUGAGUGCGCGCAGCACGCACCCAACCCGCAAAUGAAGAGGAAGCUGGACGACGUACAGAGAAGACUGGAGACGUUGUACGACCUGCUGCGGGAAUACAGGCUGUCGGAGGGCGCGGUGAGGUCGCUGCAGCAGUGCGCGCAGUACGUGCAGACGCGCGAGUUCCCGCACGCGCUGCAGUGCGCCACCGCCCUCGCCUCGGGCGCGGACUUCGCCGCCGCCGCCGCCUUCCUGCCCGGACUCAAGCUGCUGCUGCAGCUCUCGCACCAGCUCCUGCCCCAACUGCAUCGAUGAGCACCUACUUCUCCUCUAUCAUUCAUUAUAAUGAUGUAUAGGUUUAGUUUGAUUUUAACAAAUGUUAAAAUUAAUUAUAAAUUUAUUUAAUGUUAUUUAGUGCCACGUGUAUUCACUCGCAUAUUAUUUGUCUGUCUUAUCAAUGAUUUUGAAUUUGUUUAAUUGCAUUCCUUUUAACAUUGUAAUAAAUUUUGUAAUACAUAUUUA